AUGCCUCCCAAGAAGCGCGAGGCAUCAUCAUCCACUGCCACAGGCGGCAGCGCGAAGAGAGCUCGUAACGCCACCAGCUCCGGUGCCAGCAGCAGCAGCAGCGUCACGACAGCAGAGGAACCACGAGCCCGUGGCUGGCUCGACGAGCACAGUGUCAUCAUCGACGGCAGCAGGAGGACCCGCCGCGAGACGAGGUCGACCGCAGGCGAGCACGCCCUACUGCUGGCCGAGAGGGCCCGCCAGAAGCAAGAAAGACGCGUUCGUAUCGCCAGGCAGAACAGCUUGAGACGAGCCAGGUCAGGUCGUAUGACCGGGGGUCAAGCACCAAGGGUUCGGAGUCGGUCACCUCCCCAGCUGCAGCCAGCUCCCCAUCUUGAGCCAGCACCCCAGCUCCAGCGGGCUCCUCAUCUUCAAAAAGCUCCCCCGCUUUGGCAGACCCCUAACCGCUCCAUGCAAUCUCCCCACCGCACGCCAGCGCAACUCUCUGGCGCGCUCGCUAUAGCGACUGGUUCCGCACAGGCGCACCGAGGAGGAGCCCAGGCCACCUCGCCCUUGGCCCUCCAGCCCGUCCAAACACUGCGAGAUUCUCCAGAGCAGUCGUUCCAACGCACGCAGAACCCGCUGCCCACAUGGCGCACACCUGCUGGCUCAGCUGCGCGCGCGCCGCCUGCCCGUACGCCCUUCCUCGGCGAGCACGUGGCGAACAACUCUUCGUUCGGCCUGCCUUCCUUUGAUCCAGCCACGCCGACACUCGGCAACGACAGCACAAUGGUGCUCUCGUCGCCUCACCCGAUACCAGACACGCCAGCCAAUGGCCCAUCCUCGCCUCCAAGCGCAGAGACCCCGGCAGCGGGUACGCUUGGGCCCGCCUCGGGUUCAGGAAGUCGGAGCGUCAGGGGGCUCCGCGGUAGCAUACGCGGCAGGCCACAGCCCAACCUUCGCCGCGAGACUCUCGAAAGGUCGGCCCGCGGAACGGGCACGGAACGUCAUAGUCCGCCAAGCCUGUCCCGCUUUCGCCCCAGCCUUGCAGGCUCCUUCAGAGCAUCGCAGGGGGUCAACAGCACGCCGACCCCGAUGGUUUCCUCCCUCUCCUCCUCGCGAGCAGGUCCUGCCUCCACUCGGACACCGCAAGCGGAUCCAGAUAUGACGUUUGGCUCGCUCUUCACGGCGACAACGCCGCGCGUCUCUGCCGGGCGUGACUGGUGGCUUGGUCAGUCCAGUGCCCUCACACCAACGCCUGCCAACCCAGGCCAGGCCGAUAACCUCCCCAGCAGCCGUGAGGCCAGGGCUUCAGGUCGUAGCCGUAGGAGUAGAGCGCCACGGAGGACCUUGCCGAGGCGAGAGGCUACCAGGAGCCCAGGCGGUACCGUAAUGAUCAAUGGCGAUGACGAUGGGAGUACUACAAACAGCAACACCGACAGUGAUGAGGACGAAAACGAGGACGAGGACGAGCAGACCCCCUACGCGGGCGCCUUGAGUUCCGGUGGAUUUCGCAACCGCCAGCAGACGCCUGGGCCAGCUCCGACAACCGAGCAGACGGACGAGCAGCGGGCGCGACUCGCGGCGGUGGAAGCGACUCUCAACGCUGCAGAGGAGGGCACCUUUAAUUUUCCUCGUACCAUGCGGCACUUGAACAGCAGCCGUCUUCCCGCUCUGCAACCGCCGCGGGCCAGGCCUGUCGCACCAGCAGCGCCUUCGCUGGAUGGUAUCAACUCGAUCCUCGAGCAGAUCAGGUCGUCGCGACGACCUGGGGACAGAGACGACGAGGACAAGGCCGAGGCCGAGGAGGCAACGCUUGAGUAG